AUGAUGAAACAACCAGAGGAAAAUAUUUCAACAACAAAUUCUGAUUUUAUGACAUGUAAUGGUCAUCAAGAUGAAUUAAUAAAAACUCGUCAAGAUUCUGAUAAUGAUGAUGCAGCAACAAAUACAAGUUCAACAUCAUCAAUUAAUGAUGUUUCAUUUAAUAAUUGUCCUAAUGUAUCAUCAUCAUCAUCAUCAAAUUUAAAUGCAAGUGGAAUAACAACAACAAAUCCAAAUAAUUCAAAUGAACUUGUUCUUUUACCUGAAGUUUCAUUUAAUAUACGAAUACAAUCACCUGGUUUAGAUAUAUUUGAUUUAUCAGUAACAUCAAGUGAACUUGUACAAGAAAUUCAUCAAGUUUUAAUGGAUAAAGAAGAAACAUGUCAUCGUACUUGUUUUUCAUUACAACUUGAUGGAAUUAUUUUAGAUAAUUUUUCUGAAUUAAAAAAUAUUGAUGGUUUAAAAGAAGGAAGUCUAAUAAAAGUUGUUGAAGAACAAUAUACUGUACGUGAAGUACGUAUUCAUAUACGACAUAUAAAUGAUUUAAUACAUGCAUGUGAUUUAAAUGAUUUAUAUAAUGGUACAAAUAAUUAUUCAUUAUGUCUUGUGAAUGAUAUUAAUAAUAGUGAAACAUCUUCAUCAUCAUCAUCAUCGAAUACUGAUCGAAGAAAAAGUGCUGAAACUAGUGGAAGUGAUUCUAUUGUACCAGAAUAUCUUUUACCUAAUCAAAAAGAUAUUCUACUUACACCACUUUUUACAACAAAUAAUAAAAUUAAUCGAUUACAUUGUUUAAAAAUAUUGUCCUAUAGUGGUUGGAAUCCACCAAAUGGUUCAAGAAAAUUACAUGGUGAUCUUAUGUAUUUAAAAGUAACAACAUGUGAAGAAAAAUCAUUUCAUAUAACAGCAUGUACAAAAGGUUUUUAUGUUAGUCAAACAACAGAUGAAAAAUUUCUUCCAAAACCGGUGCAACCUAAAGCUAUAUUUCAUUCACUUGUUGAUCUAUUAAAUAAUAUUAGUCCAAUUUUUAAAAAGAAAUUUCGUGCUAUACAACGUAAACGUUGUACAAAACAUCCAUUUGAACGUAUACAAAUUCCAUUUCAAAUACAUCCAUGGUUAUCACCACGUUUUGAACAUACAAUAGAUCAUUUUCGAGCUGAAGAUGCAAAUAUAAAUAAACUUGGUCAUGAAGAUCAUAUACCUGGUCAAGUACGUGAUUGGAAUGAAGAAUUACAAAUAACAAAAGAAUUACCAAAGAAAAAUUUACCUGAAAGACUUAUACGUGAACGUGCAAUGUUCAAAGUUCAUACUGAUUUUGUUUCAGCUGCUAUUCGUGGUUGUCAAGCUGUUGUUGAUGGUAAUAUAAUGGCUAUUAAUCCUGGUGAAGAAUCAAAAGUUCAUAUGUAUAUAUGGAAUAAUAUGUUCUUCAGUCUUGGUUUUGAUGUAAAAGAUCAUUAUAAAGAUUUUGGUGGUGAUGCUGCUGCUCAUUCAGCACCAACAAAUGAUUUACAAGGUGUUCGUGCUAUAAAUACACUCGAUUUAGAUGGUUUACAUACAUUAGGUACUGUUGUUGUUGAUUAUCGUGGCAUGCGUGUUACUGCCCAAUCGAUUGUCCCCGAAACGUAUAAAAUUAUGUUAAUACAUCAUCAUCGACAACGAUGGUUAUUUAUUAUUUUGAUAUUUGGAUUUUUUUUAUUAAUAUAUAAAUAUAAUCAGAUAAGAAAAUAUUAUUUUACUGAUGAACAUCGUAUAUAUACUUCAUUACUUAUUGAAUUACCAAAUAUUGAACGUUUAAUACGUUUAAAACAAGCAAAUUUAACAAUAAUACAAAAUCGUUUAAAAAAAAUUGAAAAAUAUUUAACUAAAUAUACAUGGCAUUUAAAUCGUUUAAUUAAAACAAUUGAUUAUAAUAAACAAGAAGAAAAAAAAAUAUUUCAUUUUAAUUCAUUUGAUUUUGAUUUAGAAAAAAAUAUUCAUAAAAAUUAUACAAAAUUUCUUGUUUGUUUUCAUUUAAUUAAAAGUUCAAAUGAUGAUAUUGAUUAUCAAAUAUUAAAUGAAUUUCAUUUAAAAAUUUCUAAAAUUAAUAGUCCUUAUAUAACAUUAAAUAAAAGUGAAGCUUAUUUAAAUAUUAUUUAUUUACCAAUACAAUCAUAUCAACGAAAUAUUUGUUAUAAAGAUUUAAUUAAUGAAAAUUAUUUUGUUUUAUAUGAAUUUUUAAAUCCUAUUAAUGAAGAUAUUGAUGAAAAAUGUUUUCAUGGAAAUUUUCUUCAUGUAAAAUUUUUUACUCAAUUUAAUACAAAUCAAACAUAUGUUAAUAAUGAUCGUUGGCGUUUGAAUGAUGAAGAAAAAUCACCUAUUGGUAUUAUUUAUUUAAAUACAACUGCUAUUAUUGCUGCACAUGAAUAUGAUCGAUUAAAAAAUGCUUAUGAAAUAACAAUUGAAUGUUUUCAUCGAUCUUGUUAUCAAACAAUUUUGAAUAAAAAUAUAUCUAUUAUAUCUCUUAUUUGUUCUUCUAUAUAUUCUAUUUCAAUUCAAUAUGAAUUCUAUGAUGCGUUUUUCUAUUUUCUUUCACAACAAAUUCAUAUAAAUCUUUUCAAUUGUGAAAAUUAUCUUCCAUAUUCAAAUAUAAUUGAUUGGUUACAUCCAUCAGUAUCUCUAUCAUGGUUAUAUACAAUUUAUUUUCAAACAUUUCAACAUCGUUUUCAUACAUUAAUUGCUUAUUUACGUACAUAUUAUCGUUUACCAACAUUAUCAAAUGAAUUAAAAUUUAAUGAAAUAAAAAAUCAAUUAAUAAAAGAAAAAAAUUUUUAUUAUUUAAUUCAUUCACGAAAUAUUAAUUUUACUCGAAUGUCAAUUGGUUUAAUGGAUAAAAUUAAUUUUCAAACAAAUAAAAAAUAUUCAAUACAUAUAGAACCAACAUUUUAUGAUCAAUGGAAUCGUUUAUAUCAACCAUUUUAUCGUUCAAAAACACAAACAAAUCCAUUCGAAAUAUCAUUUUCACAUAAUAAAUAUACAAUUAUUAUUUUAACACAUAAAAAACGUUUUUAUCAAUUAAAUCGUUUAUUAUUACAUUUAAAUGGUUUAAUUAAUCUUGAUCGUAUACUUGUUUUAUUUAAUCAAGUUGAUUCGAUAGAAAAUUUUCAUAAUAAAAAUUUUUCAUUAAAUAAUUUUCUUGAUAAUUAUUCUAUAUAUUUACCAUCAAUACAUGUUGAUAUUAUUUAUAUAUUUAAUUUAACAAAUAAUUUAAAUAAUCGUUUUUUACCAUGGAAUGAAUUUAUUCAUACUGAUUGUAUAUUAUCAUUAGAUGAUGAUAGUUUUUUACGACAUGAUGAAAUUGAAUAUGCAUUUCAUAUAUGGAAAGAAUAUCCUUCACGUCUUAUUGGUUUUAUUUCACGUUCACAUAAAUCUAAUACAUUAGAAUAUGAUGCAUCAUCAUUAUUAUGUUCAUAUUCAAUGAUAUUAACUGGUGCAGCUUUUUUACAUCGUUGGUAUUUAGAUUUUUAUACAAAUAUUAUGUCUGAACAAAUACGACAAUAUAUUAAAUUACAUAUGAAUUGUGAAGAUAUAGCUAUGAAUUUUUUAAUAAGUUAUUUAACAAAACAAACACCUAUUAAAAUUGGACAUCGUGAAACAUUUUAUUGUUAUAAAUGUCAAGAUAGUUUAUCAAGUAAAAUUAAUCAUUAUCAACAACGAACUGAAUGUAUUCUUGAAAAAGAACAAGAACAAAGUGUUGUUUAUGGAUCAACAGAUUUUGGUAAAACUUGUACAACAAAUGAAAAAUAUAAAGAAUUAUUGGAAAAAGUUUCAACUAUGCUUAAAAUUAAACCACAUACAAUUAAAACAGAAAAAGGAGAUUCUAUAGAAUUAUUAACAGCUGUCGAAUGUAAAGGUAUUAUUGGUAAUGAUGGAAGACAUUAUUUAUUAGAUUUAUUACGUAUGACACCACCUGAUCUUAAUUAUUUACCAGUUGAUGUUGAACAUUUAUCACCAUCUAUGAAACAAUUUGAUUAUCCAAAAACAUAUAAACAUCGUUUAUGUUGUUUAAGACAAGAAUUAAUAGAUGCUUUUGUUGAACAAAAAUAUGUCGAUUUUUAUCGUUCAAUUGCACUUAAUUUAUCAAGAUUACGAUCUAAUGAAUCAAUAUCAAACGAAACUACUGAACGAACAAAUGUCGAAGAAGCUAAACGUAUUGUUAAUGAAAUUAGUGUUGAAGAUAAUAGUCGAGAAAUAAUUCAAUCAGCAUGUCGUUCGAUUGGUUCAGUAAAAGAUAAUGAAUUUGAUGUUCGUUUUAAUCCUGAUUUAUUUCAACCACAUGUAACACUUAAUCAAACGUCCGAUGAAACAGUAGCUGAUAUAAAAUUACUUAAAGAAGCAGCUGAAUAUUUAGUAUUAAAACAAAUUCCAUUAAUGAUACAAGAUUUUCAAGAUCAUUCAUCUGUACCUGUCGAUGGUGAAAGUCUUUCAGAAGCUAUGCAUUCAAGGGGUAUUAAUAUUCGUUAUCUUGGUCGUAUAGCUCAACUUCUUACUCAACAAUCUUCUCUUACAUAUAUAUAUGAAAUAGUUGUAACUGAAAUUCUUUGUCGAAGUACAAAACAUGUAUUUCGUACAUAUUUACAAUCAGUACCAAUUCAUCUUUUAUCAUAUUCAAUAAGUCAUUUUCUUAAUUGUUUUCUAACAAUUAUAUCAUUACCAACAACAGAUUAUACAUUUGAUGAAUUAGCAUCAGCAACAACUAUUCAAUCAACAAAUACUACAUCAAAUGUAUUAUUAACAAAUUCAACAAAUAUUUCAUCUCAAAAAUCUAAUGCUAAAAAGAAAAAUAAAAAACAACAACAACAACAACAACGUAAACAUAGUCCUAUGAUGAGAAAUGAAUCAUUAGAAUUUUCAUCAAUAACUUCGAAAGUACUUUGGUUACAAAUAAUCAAUGAAGCAAAAUCAAGAUAUAGUUUUGAUUUAACUUGUGAUGAUAUUGAAUCAUUUGUUGAAAAUUAUGCUGUUCGUCGUACAUGUAUUUUACGUUCAUUUUGUCGAAAAAUUGGUUUACAAAUAACUAUGCGUGAAUAUCAAUUUGAAACAAUAAAUAAAUCAAUUCGUUCAAAUAAUGAAUGUUUUAAUGAAAAUGAUAUUAUUAAUAUAUUUCCAAUAAUAAAACAUGUUCCACCAAAACCAAGUGAUGCUUAUCAAUUUUUUACAAGUGGACAACAAAAAAUUCAACAAGGUUUACUUCGUGAAGGUUUUGAAUUAAUAUCUGAAGCACAUAAUUUAUUAAAUAAUGUUUAUGGACCAAUGCAUCCUGAAAUUAGUAUGUGUUUAAGAUUACUUGCACGAUUAAAUUAUAUUAUGGGAGAUUAUCAAGAAGCACUUAUGACACAACAUAAAGCUGUUAUGAUGUCUGAACGAGUUUUAGGUAUUGAUCAUCCACAAACAGCAACAGAAUAUAUUCAUAUGGCUUUAUAUUCAUUUGCAAAUGGUCUUUCAAUAAAUGCAUCAAAAUUACUUUGUCGUGCUCGAUAUAUUAUAUUAACAUGUUGUGGUGAAAAUCAUCCACAAAUUAGUCUUAUUGAUAGUAAUCUUGGAUUGAUUUUACAAUCAUAUGGUGAUUAUGAAAAUGCACUUAAAUUUAUGGAAAAAUCACUUGAAUUAAAUAAAACUUUCUAUGGAACAAAGAGUCUUAAAGUAGCUUUAUCUCAUCAUCUUUGUGCACGUAUUCAAUCAUGUCGUGGAGAUUUUCGAUCAGCAUUGAACAGUGAACGUGAAGCUUAUCAAAUAUAUAAAUUACAACUUGGUGAUGAACAUGAAAGAACACGUGAAAGUGCUCAAGUACUUAAACAUUUAACUGAACAAGCCGUUGUUUUACAAAAACGAAUCAAUGAUGUUGUUAAAGGUCAAUUACUUGUCAUACCAAGUUUAACUAUUCAACAGCCAAGUUUUCAAAAUGUCUUAGAAAUGCUUAAUGUUGUUAAUGGUAUUCUAUUUAUUCAAAUACGAGAAAAAGAUCUUGAUCUACUUCGUGAAGAAUUUGCUAAACAAUCAAUUGAUGAUCAACAAGCAUCAACAUCUUCUGUGACUACUAUAUCAGAAGUAGCUAAUCAAGCAGCAGCAUUAUUAAAUAAUGAAAUCGAUUAA